CAUUUCGAAUUCAGUUUGGUUUCGCAUCUCGACGGCGACGGACUGUUACAAGCAAUACCUCCACCGAAGGUAGUCUGUAGCGAUUUUGUUUUGAUUUAGUAGAGCUCUCUGGGUUUAUCUCUCUGAAAGAUGACGGGCUCUCUGUGGCUCAGUUUGGCACUGAGUCUGGCGAUUUUCGCUCAAUUUCAAGUGAACGCCGCUCCUAAUCUGGUUUGCUUCUAUGAUUCCCAGGGCUUCCAGCGUCAGGGCCUUGCUCAGUUCUCGAUGACGGACAUGGAACUGGCCCUGCAGUUUUGCACUCACUUGAUUUACGGCUAUGCCGGUGUAAAUGCCGAUAACUACGAAAUGCAGAGUAUCAACAAGCGUUUGGACCUCGAACAGCGUCACUUGGCCCAAGUGUCCAGCUUAAAGGAUCGCUAUCCCCACAUCAAGUUCCUUUUGAGUGUGGGUGGAGACGCAGAUACAAAUGAGGGCAACCAGUAUAUAAAACUCUUGGAAUCGGGACAACAGGGUCACAAGCGUUUCAUUGAAUCUGCGAGGGAUAUUGUGAGGCGUUAUAAUUUCGAUGGUUUGGACUUGGCCCUCCAACUUCCGAGAAACAAGCCACGCAAAGUUCAUAGUGAUGUUGGUUCCGCCUGGAAGAGUUUCAAGAAGUUUUUCACUGGCGAUUUUAUUGUGGACACUGAAUCGGAUACCCACAAAGGACAACUGACUGCUCUGAUCAAGGACUUGAGUGCCGCCUUGAAGCAAAAUGAUCUGCUGCUCAGUCUUACGGUUCUGCCCAACGUGAACUCAAGCUGGUACUACGAUGCUCCCUCGAUUGCUCCCAGCCUGGACUUCAUCAACCUGGGUACCUUUGACUUCCUGACCCCGCAACGUAAUCCCGAGGAGGCUGAUUUCUCUGCCCCAAUGUACGAGGCCGUUGGACAGAAUCGUUUGGGUCACUACAACGUUAACUUCCAAUUGGAACACUGGCUGCUCCAGAGAGUGCCUGCCAAUAAGCUGAACAUUGGUAUUGCCACCUACGGCAGAGCCUGGAAACUGUCUACGGAUUCGGGAAGCACCGGAAUGCCAGUGGUUGCUGCUACCCAAGGACCUGCACCGGCUGGUCCUCAGAGCAAAAAGGAGGGUCUUCUCAACUGGGCCGAGAUUUGUUUGCUGAUGCCGAAUCCCAGCAACUCGAAUGCCAGGGGACCGAAUGCUCCGGUGAAAAGGGUUCUCGAUCCCACAAAACGCUAUGGCAGCUACGCUUUCCGUGCCGCCGAUGAGAACGGAGAUCACGGACUGUGGAUCAGCUACGAUGAUCCGGAUUCGGCCUCCAGCAAGGCUCAAUUCGCCAGGGUCAGGAAUCUGGGUGGAGUGGCUCUGUUCGAUCUAACCCUAGACGAUUUCCGUGGUCAGUGCACCAACGAUCGAUUCCCCAUGCUGCGUGCCAUUAAAUACCGACUACUCUAAACACCAAAUCCAGACCAUAAAGACAUCACCAGCACGCAAAUGUCAAUGGGAAAAAAGCCUGGGGAAGCGGAGCUGGGAGGGAACAAAUGUCACCCGAUCGGUGGCUUAAGGCCUCCUUCUGUGUCUGUCCCUUUUUGCAAAUUAAUUACAAAGUUGUAAACUAAAA